ACGCUGUCAUGUGAUUAGCCUUGCCCGUUCAAUGAGAGCUGUUUGCCCCACCCAUCUCUUCAACGCUAUCUAUCUCAAUGUACAAUUCACUGAGAAAAGGAAAUAAUCGCUAAAAAUACACCCUCGAAAAGGAUUCAUUCGCCACAAUUGGGGAUUCAACACGCUCCGUCCGUAGGGAAUCCAUCGCUGUCGUUGUGGUAUCGGAUUUAUCUUCACGUAUCCAAAUGCACAUGAUCUACCACCCGAAUUCAAGAAGGAUACAAAGCGUAGCCUGACAGCGGACUCGGACUGCGAUAACCGGUAAAAUAUCGACGGAAUCGGUCGCAUUUGCAUCUGCGGUUGAAAGAACCGUAAGGAUCGCCGCUCGCGUCAAAGCAAAGCCUACGGAUGUGAGGAGAAAUUCAAAUUACAGUAACGGAGAAGACGGCGAAGGGCCUCGUUUGAUUUGGACAAGCCGAAAAAAAGCGAUCAGUCACCAUAAGCAGAACAGGAGGGAAAAUAGCGUCAAUCUGAGGGGGAUUUUUCAGCAGCACCACCGUAUUUUUCUCGCAGACAACGUCGUUUCGUAACGGAGUUAAAAGGUUCAUGUCGGCCACGGCGCAGGGCGGAAUGAUCCACAUGCCGUCAUUUUGGUGGAAAUAUUUAUUUUUUUAAUUUGUAGCCACCCUUUCUAUCUCGUUCUGCCCGUCUCGUUGCAUUGGCGAACGGAUUCGACAGCAAGAUACCGAAAAGAAUCGCGUUUUGUGGAGCUAUUCAUGAUUUUAAUAGGAGUCGGUCGUUAUAUCGGGGAACCGACCAUGGAUUCGCGACGGGAAAUUUGCUAAAUCGCCGUCGUGGGAAAGCCGAAAUCAUUCAUGUAACGUCGAAGGCUUCGCUGGAUGCACAUCCACACACAGAAAUCUCAUAUUUUAUAGCAGCAAGCGCUCGACAGGACUCGGCCGUCUGUAGGCCGGCCUAGUGUUUUCACCACCACCACCACCUAUUCUCGCCAAUACUAGUCACCCAUAGCUUUCAUAUUUCCCCGUGCUCCCCUGUCCUUAUCAACGAAAUCCAGGGGAGUUAUGUGCAUACAAGUAUAAAUGUCCCGGUUUUCCAUCAAAGUGUUCUGAUCGGAGGCCAAUCAAGGAAUUUGGAUCAUUUAUUCAUACGGUAGAUUCACCUCCCCCCCACCCCAAAACUUUUCUUGGGUUUUCGGGAAAAUGGGUUGUUUGGGCAACAGUAAAACUGAGGACCAGCGAAAUGAGGAGAAGGCCCAGCGAGAAGCUAACAAAAAGAUAGAGAAACAGCUCCAGAAAGACAAACAGAUCUACAGAGCAACUCAUCGACUACUACUGUUAGGGGCUGGAGAAUCGGGGAAAAGCACCAUAGUCAAACAGAUGCGCAUUUUACAUGUCAAUGGCUUCAAUGCUGAAGAGAAAAAACAGAAAAUUCAAGACAUCAAGAAUAAUAUAAAAGAAGCUAUAGAGACUAUUGUGACGGCAAUGUCCAUGUUGGUACCUCCAGUCCAGUUAGCCUGUCCAGCAAAUAAGUUUCGAAUUGAUUACAUCCUCAAUUUAGCCAAUCAGAAGGACUUUGAGUUUACAGCGGAAUUUUAUGAACACACAAAGACCCUGUGGCAGGAUGAAGGGGUGAGAGCUUGCUUCGAAAGAUCCAACGAAUAUCAACUGAUCGACUGCGCACAGUAUUUCCUGGACAGGAUUGACACUGUGAAACAGAGCGACUAUACUCCCACUGAUCAGGACUUGCUCAGAUGCAGAGUUCUGACCUCUGGGAUCUUUGAGACAAGAUUUCAAGUGGACAAAGUUAAUUUUCAUAUGUUUGAUGUUGGUGGACAGAGAGAUGAACGCAGGAAAUGGAUCCAGUGUUUUAAUGAUGUGACAGCCAUCAUUUUCGUGGUAGCCAGCAGCAGUUAUAACAUGGUGCUCAGAGAGGACAAUCAGACCAACAGACUCCAGGAGGCACUUAACCUGUUCAAGAACAUCUGGAAUAACAGGUGGCUUCGAACUAUUUCUGUCAUUCUGUUCCUAAACAAGCAGGACUUGCUGGCUGAGAAGGUUUUGGCGGGAAAAUCAAAAAUCGAGGAUUAUUUCCCAGAGUUUGCACGCUACACUACACCAGAUGAUGCAACACCGGAGCAAGGGGAAGAUCCGCGAGUUACGAGAGCAAAAUAUUUCAUCCGAGACGAGUUCUUGCCUUUUCUUGUUUUGUCUAUUCAGAGGAUCAGUACAGCGAGUGGAGACGGCCGGCACUACUGCUACCCCCACUUCACCUGCGCCGUGGACACGGAAAACAUCCGCCGAGUGUUUAACGACUGCAGAGACAUCAUCCAGCGCAUGCACCUACGACAGUACGAACUCUUGUGAUCGCAGCAGGAAUGACGGGACGCAAACUCACCACCUGAACUUUCUUUAAGCCCCCCUGCCCUACAUCACGCCCCAUUAUCAAACCACGAACCUUCAAACUGAUGAGUCCCCACCUCUUACACUUACACACACAUGCAUAUAUGUACGUAUAUGUAUAUACAUAUAUGUAUAUGUAUAUAUAUUCAUAUAUGUAUACAUACAGACACACACAUGGCCUUUCUCCAUCCUGAGUGACUAGGGGCUGGGGCAAGGGGAUGCACUGUGUUACUGAUGAAAGCGUGGCUGUGAUAUCUGGCAAAAAGACUUGUUAACACAGCCAAGGACUACCGAUGUUAAUAAAAGAGAGAGAGGAAAACAAAACAUGUGAGAGGGAGAGGGAAGGGGGAGAAAAGAGGGAAGAAAAAAAACUGUCCAGGACUGCUCAGGACAAGGAAGCCAUUUCGUAUACAUACAGACACAUAAUGCGUCCAGCUAAACUCCUGACCCGCAGUCCUAUGUAUGUUACACGUCAAACUUGUCUUUUUUCCGAUCAUAUGCCUAAACACACGUUACUUAUAUUGAUGCACACGCACAAGACAUACACACGCUAUUCUUAUCCUCCACUGUUUUGGUCCUGUUGAACGUAUAGUGCCUGUGCGAGCCUGGCGUGUCCCCCUCAACUUUUCCCCAUUUUCCAUUUCCCAACACCUCAUCCCAACCUAAAAGUGGACAGACCCCCCUGGAUGAGAGCAAAACGAUGGACCGUACGUUUAAAAAAAAAACAAACAAAAACAGAAUGUAGAGCAAAAUGUCUUUUUUUUUUUUUUUUUUUUUUUUUUUUUUUCUCUUUUCCCCAACAAAAAUGGAGGGUUUGGAGCAUUUACUGCCCCGGGUUGCUUUGCGUGCGGAGCGGAGAAUGACUUGAACACAAGACCCAUCACAUGGCUCGCUUCUCUAGAUGCAUCGCAGGAGAGGCGAGCGCAUGCAAUGCCAGAUUCAUGCAGAACAGUGAACUAAAUGCAGUGCAAAAAAAUCCAAACAUAUAUAUAUAUAUAUAAAUACAACCUUUUUCUGUUUUAGUUUACCCAGGUUGUGUGUUGGUGUGUGCUAAUAUGCACCAUUUUAAACCUCCCGUUUUCCCGGUCGCUCUCUCCUCCUGUUUUCAGAGAAUAUCAUUCCUCUCUCUCUUUCUCUCUCUCCUCCCCUUUAUCUUUCUCUCUGUCUGUCUCCUCCCUGCUGCAAAAAUCUUGUACACUGACACAUGGGGACUUCAUCAGACCGAGGGUAAGACCGAGUUAUGACGCGAGACACAAGAAGGAUGUCUAACGGAUGGCCUAGUCUCUCAGUCUCUCUCUCUCUCUCUCUCUCUCUCUCUCUCUCUCUCUCUCUCUCUCUCUCUCUCUCUCUCUCUCUCUCUCUCUCUCUCUCCCCCUCCCUUCCUCCCCUCCGACUUCCUCUCCUCCCUUUUAGCCUGGCUUUUGGUCUGUCUUUUGAUUUCUCUGCUGGAUCAUUAUUCUUGUACAGACUGUAAAAUGUAUUAUUUUGUACAACUUUAUUGAAGAAAAAAAGUAACUUGUAGAAGCUCCCUGUGCCUUGAUCACGACUGUACGUGUAAAAUGAGCUAAGAUGUAAGUAAGAUAUGUUUCAUUGCGCUGUUUGGCUCUGCCCUGCCUCUGUCGAUUCCCUUCAACUCUGACCCCCCCCUUCCCCCAACCCCCUUCCCCGAUUGCCUGUUUGCUCAUCAGACUCUGGGUGGAUGUUGCCUCCCCGCCCCUCCUUGAACCGGCCUCCCCGUACAACUCUAGAAUUAAAAAAAACAAAAAAAAAACGCAAUGCCGGUGUCAGAUCGGCGACUGAGCGCAACUUUUACUGGCGCUGCUUAUCAGUGGAGUUAGGGGGGAGCUGCUGUCUGUCACGUCCCCCUUCCCCCUCUGUUUUUUAUAUUCAUUCGUUUAACCUGCCUCUGGUUUAUGUUUUAGGAAUCAAGAUGAAAUGCCUGAAGCUGUGUAGUACAAAGCAAGAAACAUUAUAUACAGUAUAUAUAAAUAUAUAUAUUUAUGUGUAAAUAUAUUAUUUAUAUAUAUUUGUUUGCUUUUUACAGGUUUUCUUUGCCUUUUUUUGGGUCAGCGACAACAAUAGUCAAAAUUUUUAGAGGCAGGGUGUGGGGCUUUUUUUUUUUUCUUUUUUCUUUUUUUUUUUAGCUUUAACUCUGAAGGAGAAAAUAAUCCAAAUGCAAAAACAUUGCUUGUCUCUUCGUCAAAAACCAAAUUCCUUUGCUAAAAAAAAAGUGAAAAAGACAGCAAAUCUGUCAAUGUAUUAAGUGUACAAAUUGUUUUGAUAGCUGCACAGUCAGAUAUUGGGUUCAUAUCCCCCUCCCAUGGUAUUCAUGUUUAUUUCUUUAUAAAAAAAAAAAGAAAAGAAAAAAAGCUGCUCUACAAACUGACAUACUAACAAAAAAGAGGCCGCCCAUCACCGGACAAUGACCAAUCGUAACCCUCUCUGUACCACACUUCCUGUCCUGCUACCCAAUCACAUGAAAGCAGGGGCCAGCUUUUGGUGCUCUAAUGGUCCACUUUGUUACACAAAGUAUUUAUUUUUUGUUUUAUUUAUUUGUCAUUUUAUACUUUUUUUUUUUUUUUUUUUUUUUUUUUUUUCUCCAAAACGCCAUAAUUUUAAUCAAAAACUCUAACGUCUAAACCGGUCUGAUCCGGUUGUGUUUUCUGCAAAAUGUGGUACAGGUGUUAUCUAUCUCAUAUAAAAUGUUACUGGGGUGGGGGGAGAUGUUAAGCUAUGACAUUUUAGUAUGUUUACUUUUUUGUUUUUGUUUUUUAUUUUCUAGUUCAGACUCGCUGCAGCAAUAAGUGAGUGAGAUUUGAGUACCAAACGAAACGCCCCCUUGCCUGACUCUCUCUAUAAGAAGUGUUUUCAGUGUAUAUGUUGCUUUUUUCCAUGUCUCUCACACUUACUGUACAUUUUGUACAAAGAUUCAAAUUACAGCAGUAAAAGAAGAGUGUAACACUGUCUGAGUGACACACACAUGCACACACUCUUUUCACAAGGCUAACUCUGUUUUUUGGCCCAAAUCAAACUAUAAAGGAUAAUGUAGUUGCUCUUA